CGAAUCACAUGACCGCGUGUGUUCGCCAUGGCUGACAGAGAGGAGCACCAGAAUCUGCUGGAUGAAGAUAAAGAUGAAGAUGGAGAUGAUAAAGGACGGUCUGUACACCUGAACCCGCUAUGUGACCCCAAUCACCUGCUGCACCGCAUCGUGGUGCUCAUCUUCAUGUGCUUCCUAGGCUUCGGUAGUUAUUUCUGUUAUGAUAACCCAGCGGCUCUUCAGUCUCAGGUCAUACAGGACAUGAAUCUGAACACGGCCUCCUUCAUGCAGCUGUACGCCUGGUACUCCUGGCCCAAUGUGGUUCUGUGCUUCCUGGGCGGAUUCCUGCUAGACCGAGUGUUCGGCAUCAGGCUGGGGACUGUGAUCUUCUCUUUGUUUGUGUUAGUAGGACAGAUCAUAUUUGCCGCCGGCGCUCUGGCCAAUCACUUCUGGCUGAUGAAUGUGGGCCGCUUUGUGUUCGGGAUCGGUGGCGAGUCUCUGGCUGUGGCUCAGAACACCUAUGCGGUCAACUGGUUUAAAGGGAAAGAGCUCAACCUGGUGUUCGGCCUGCAGCUCAGUAUGGCCAGACUGGGCAGUACGGUUAACAUGAAUGUGAUUGGUUGGGUGUACGCCCGCAUUCAGAUGACCAUGGGCUCUGCGGGACCCACUACACUUGGGAUAACGCUCAUGAUCGCGGCGUCCACGUGUCUCUUCUCUCUCAUAUGCGCUCUGGUUUUGGGCUUUCUGGACAAACGGGCCGAGAGGAUCCUCAACAAAGAGCAAGGCAAAACCGGGGAAGUCAUCAAGCUGACCGACGUCAAGGACUUCUCGGUCUCCCUCUGGCUGAUCUUCAUCAUCUGUGUGGCGUAUUACGUGGCCAUCUUCCCAUUCAUCGGACUCGGACAAGUUUUCUUCAUUGAGAAGUUUGGCUUUACUCCUGUGCAGGCCAGAGCUAUCAACAGUGUGGUCUACAUCAUCUCCGCCCCUGCGUCUCCUCUGCUCGGCUUUUUGGUUGAUAAAACAGGCAGGAACGUCAUGUGGGUUCUGCUGGCGGUCAUCACCACACUGCUGUCCCACAUGAUGCUCGCCUUCACCUUCUGGAACCCCUGGAUCGCCAUGUCUCUCCUAGGCGUGUCGUAUUCUCUGCUGGCCUGCGCUCUGUGGCCGAUGGUGGCCUUUGUGGUGCCGGAGCAUCAGCUGGGGACGGCCUACGGAUUCAUGCAGUCCAUCCAGAAUCUGGGUCUGGCCGUGAUGUCUAUCGCUGCAGGGAGUAUACUGGACGUCAGAGGAUAUCUCUUCCUGGAGGUCUUCUUCAUCGCCUGCCUGUGCAUGGCUCUGCUGGCCGUGGUCUUGCUGUAUCUCUUCGAUUAUUACAAAGAGGGAGGACUGAACCUGUCAGCCGCCACACGAUCCAAAAGAGCCAAACCUGAGUGAUCACUGUCUUCUUCUCUGGUUUUUUGUCCUUCACUUGGGCCUUUCUGCACGGGACACUUUCGAGCGUUUUAGAUCAGCAUCAAUCUCCCACAAUCCUUCACUUCAGCAGCUCCUCUGUGAACAAACCACCACACAACAGCCGGACGGUCACAAAAAAAACACUGCAGAAGAUCUUGUGACUAUAUUUCAUCUCUUAAACACAGAUGUGCGAGUCAAGAGAGAACAAAACAUGUAAAUCAUUUAAAUUUUAAUGAUCUUAAUCCCUUUUAAUGAUGGUUAUAUUUGUGCAUUACCCUGUAGCUGAUAUCUACACUGCAAAAAAGCUAUUCUUACCUAGAGUUUUUGCCUCGUUUCUAGUCUAAAUAUCUAAAAACUCUUAAAUCAAGAAGCAUUUUCUAGAAAAGCAACAAAUAUUGACCUUUUUUUCUGAAAUAAUGAGUCAAAAUGAAGAGAGUUUUGCUUUAAAACAAGUGAAAUAAUCUGCCAAUGGGGUAAGCAAAGUAAUCUUGUUUUUCCUUUUGACAUAAGGUAAAUUUUCUUACCCCAGGGUGUCCGCUAGGUCUUAAACUCUUAAAUUUAGGCCCUAAAAAGCCUUAAAUUCACAGAAAUAUUGUGUUGUAGGUCUUAAACCAUUUUAAACAGGUUUAAGUUCAAUUUAAUUUCAAAAGUUGUCGAAGUUACCCAAGUUUUUUAUUGCACAAAGAUGUUUAUUUCACCACAGCUGGAAGACAUUAUACAGCAUUUUUUAUUUAAUUAUAUUCCCUAAUCAGGAAAACUAAACUAAAAACAAUUACACAAUCCCUCAUGAUAAUAACAGCAAUAUAUCCCUUUAUGAUCUUCCAUUUACACAAAAAAAGUAAGUGUGAGUGGACAUAAUAUUUAGAACUAGACAUGAAUCUGAAGGUUUUAUUUCAGAAAUGCAUUAGGUUGAAUAGGAGUUAUACUCAAUUCAUUUGGACCAAAAGCAAACACAUUUUCUUCGUAAUAAAUAUACUU